CUGCGAGUAACAGUUUAUCGUCAGGUGCUACGGUGCUAGGAAAACCCAUGUCCGUAUUAUCUUGAAGCAGAUUCUGCGAAUUGUUUGAUUAUGUUCAAGCUAGGAUUAAUAUGUAUCUUGGCCGUCAGCGUGGUCUCCAUACAGAGUCUCUCACUGCUGGAGGAAACCAACUACGUGUCGGAUUGCCUAGCCAGCAAUAACAUCAGCCAGGCUGAGUUCCAAGAACUCGUAGAUCGCAACAGCUCCGAGGAGGAAGAUCUCGAGAACACCGAGCGGAGAUACAAGUGCUUCAUCCAUUGCCUAGGGGAAAAGGGAAAUCUGCUGGACGCCAAUGGCUAUUUGGAUGUGUCUCGAAUCGAUGAAAUUGAGCAAGUUAGCGAUGAACUGCGGGAGAUUCUCUACGACUGCAAGAAGAUCUACGACGAGGAGAAAGAUCACUGCGAAUAUGCGUUUAGGAUGGUGAUUUGUGUCACGGAUAGCUUCGAGCAGAGCGAUGAGGUCAGCGAGGCGGAAAAAAAUACAAACAAAUUAAACGAAUAAUCGAGCAAAAACUGGUCAAGCAACUUAAACGCAUUUGUUUAAGGCCAGUGGGAAAUUCGCAAUCAA